CCUGCUCAUCAGUAGCAGAGGGGCAUGUUCAUGUACCGGUACACCGGUUGCCCCCCGACCCUGGGGAGCUCCCACCCCCCCGGCUAAGCUUAUCUCCUCGCGCGAUUUGUUUUCCCCCCCUCCUCCCUCCGCCAUCAUGUCCAAGGUCUUCCUCGAUAUCUCCAUCGCCGGUGCCCGCGCUGGCCGCAUCGCCCUCAACCUGUACGACUCUGUCGUUCCCCGCACCGCCGCCAACUUCCGCGCCCUCUGCACCGGUGAGAAGGGUCUCGGCCAGUCUGGCAAGCCCCUGCACUUCAAGGGUUCCCCCUUCCACCGUGUCAUCCCCCAGUUCAUGAUCCAGGGUGGUGACUUCACUCGUGGCAACGGCACCGGUGGCGAGUCCAUCUACGGCCGCACCUUCGACGACGAGUCCUUCGCCAUUGCCCACACCCGCGCUGGCCUCCUGUCCAUGGCCAACGCCGGUCCCGACACCAACGGCUCCCAGUUCUUCAUCACCACCGUCCCCACCCCCUGGCUCGAUGGUCGCCACGUCGUCUUCGGCGAGGUUGCCGAUGAGGAGUCCAUGAAGAUCGUCCACAUGAUCGAGGCCCUCGGCAACAGCCGUGGUGUUCCCCGCAAGGAGAUCCUCAUCGAGGACUGCGGCCUCCUCGAGUAAGUAAGAGCUUCCCCCUCUUCUGCCUCUCUCUCCCUCCCCCCAUCUCCUCUCCGGCGGCUCUUUCGUGCCCUUGUGCUCUGCCUCUCCUUCCCGCCGUGCGCCCGCUGCCCGCGCGCCCUCCCCAGCGUGCGGCGAGGGGCGACUUGCCAUCAUGCCCUCCAUUUCUCCGGCGCGCGCCCUUUUGCUGCUCCAAUGCACACAUCCUCUAAGCA